AUGGCAGCGUCUCAGCAAAAUGGCACAUCAGGAGUCGCUAACGGGUUAUAUGUGGCACUGCAAAGUACCGGCGUGGUCGAGCUGGCUUUCGAUGCCCAGAGAGGCGUUAAGGAGUCCUUGUCUGUUGUUUCGAUCAACACCAAGGCCGGUUUCAUGCCGGGAUGGCUGACGGUGUCGGGAGACAUAGUCUACACCAUCAACCGUAUGGGCUAUCCCGGUAGCGAGUCCGACUCUGGGAGUGUUACUGCGUUUCAACGGGUCACAACAGCUUCAUCCUCAGCAACGGUUGAGACAGGCUUGACGCUGCUCGACCAGACAAGCAGCAAUGGGAAAGGGGGCGUCCAUUGUGACGUGAGCCCCGAUGGAAAGGUGCUGGCCGCUGCGAACAUCACUGCCUCGACGCUGUCAAUCCACGCGUUGUCGGAGACUGGGAGCAUCGGAAAACCCACGCACAUCUUCGACUACAACAAGUCGGACCCGGGACCGAAGGAGGCCCAUCCCCAUCAAGCUCUGUUUGAUCCGCCAGGAAGGCUCCUGGUCGUACCACUUCGCACUAUGGACCGCGUUGAUAUAUAUUCUGUCGACGGUCCCGAUCAGGUUGCAUUGAUUCACAGUAUUGCUCUGCCCGAUCUGAGCGGACCGCGUCACGCCGCGUUCAACCCAGUCAGUCCCUCGAAGACCUAUCUGUACGUGUUGAGUGAGAAAGACAACACCGUCCGCGUCUAUGCCAUCGGCUACCCGAGCCCGGAAUCACCUACCCUUACCGUGGAAUUCAAACAAGUGCUCUCGACCAUGGGUAAGGACGUCGGCCGCACCCCUGAUGAGCACAAAGACCUCGCCGGGGAGAUUGUGGUCAGCAAUGACGGCAAAUUCGUGUAUGCGUCCAACCGAAACCUGACGCGCUCGGACUUCGACACCGUGGCCAUCUAUUCCGUCGACAGGGAGCCGGCGCACGAUGAUCAGCACCUGAAAUAUCUGGGAGCGCAAGAUCUGGCCGGCAAGCAUCCCCGAAUGUUUGCACUUUCAAAGGACAAAGAGAACAAGUGGCUUGCCAUUUCCCACCAGCUCACGCAGAAUAUUGCCAUCUUCGAGCGAGACCUAGUCACUGGGUUUUUGAAGGAUCUCAAGGGCACAAUCAGCAUGAGGGCCAACCAUGCUCACCAGCCCGACAUGGAGAAGGUCACGUUCGCGGAGGAUCUCAGCCUUGGCAAGUGGACGAAGGAAGACCUGAAGCAGGGUAAAACAGAGGGACCCAUGUGUGUCCAGUGGAAGUAA